GGUACAGACCUGCCGGCGGGGCGGGGCCGGGGACGCCAUUCCCACAAUGCUCCGGGGCGUGCCGCCGCCGUCGCCGCCGCCUCCGCUACGGCUAGUGGAAGAAGAUGGCGGAAGGCGGAGCGGCGGACCUGGACACCCAGCGUUCUGACAUCGCGACGCUGCUCAAAACCUCGCUCCGGAAAGGGGACACCUGGUAUCUAGUAGAUAGUCGGUGGUUCAAACAGUGGAAAAAAUAUGUUGGCUUUGACAGCUGGGACAAAUACCAGAUGGGAGAUCAAAAUGUCUAUCCUGGACCCAUCGAUAACUCUGGACUUCUCAAAGAUGGCGACGCGCAGUCACUUAAGGAGCACCUUAUUGAUGAGUUGGAUUACAUACUCUUGCCAACUGAGGGCUGGAAUAAACUUGUCAGCUGGUACACACUGAUGGAGGGCCAGGAGCCAAUAGCAAGAAAGGUGGUAGAACAGGGUAUGUUUGUAAAGCACUGCAAAGUAGAAGUCUACCUCACAGAACUGAAGCUCUGUGAGAACGGGAACAUGAACAAUGUUGUAACUCGGAGGUUUAGCAAAGCUGACACAAUAGAUACGAUUGAGAAGGAAAUAAGAAAAAUCUUCAAUAUUCCAGAUGAGAAGGAGGCCAGACUGUGGAACAAGUAUAUGAGCAACACAUUUGAACCACUGAAUAAGCCAGACAGCACCAUCCAGGAUGCCGGCCUAUACCAAGGACAGGUGUUAGUGAUAGAGCAAAAAAAUGAAGAUGGAACGUGGCCCAGGGGUCCCUCUACUCCUAAGUCCCCAGGUGCAUCCAAUUUUUCAACUUUACCAAAGAUCUCUCCUUCAUCUCUAUCAAAUAAUUAUAACAACAUCAACAACAGAAAUGUGAAAAACUCAAAUUAUUGUCUCCCGUCAUAUACUGCUUAUAAGAACUAUGAUUAUUCAGAACCUGGAAGAAACAAUGAACAGCCAGGCCUGUGUGGCUUAAGUAACUUGGGAAAUACGUGUUUCAUGAACUCAGCCAUUCAGUGUUUGAGCAACACACCUCCACUUACUGAAUAUUUCCUCAAUGAUAAGUACCAAGAAGAGCUGAAUUUUGACAAUCCCUUAGGAAUGAGAGGUGAAAUAGCUAAAUCAUACGCUGAACUCAUCAAGCAGAUGUGGUCUGGAAAGUUUAGCUACGUCACUCCAAGAGCAUUCAAGACACAGGUAGGGCGCUUCGCACCUCAGUUCUCUGGAUAUCAACAGCAGGACUGCCAAGAACUACUGGCUUUCCUGUUGGAUGGACUGCACGAGGACCUGAAUAGAAUUAGGAAAAAACCCUAUAUCCAGUUAAAAGAUGCUGAUGGCAGGCCAGACAAGGUGGUUGCUGAAGAAGCCUGGGAGAACCAUUUAAAGCGAAAUGAUUCCAUCAUAGUAGACAUAUUCCAUGGCCUUUUCAAGUCUACGUUAGUGUGUCCUGAGUGUGCUAAGAUCUCGGUGACCUUUGACCCUUUCUGUUACUUGACUCUUCCAUUGCCUAUGAAAAAAGAACGUAGCUUGGAAGUUUAUUUAGUUAGAAUGGAUCCACUUGCUAAACCUAUGCAAUACAAAGUUAUUGUGCCCAAAAUUGGAAAUAUACUAGAUCUUUGUACAGCGCUGUCUGCUUUGUCGGGAGUACCUGCAGAUAAGAUGAUAGUCACUGACAUAUACAAUCAUAGAUUUCACAGGAUAUUUGCCGUGGAUGAAAACCUGAGUAGUAUUAUGGAGCGGGAUGAUAUUUACGUGUUUGAAAUUAACAUCAACAGGGCAGAAGACACAGAGCAUGUAGUUAUCCCUGUCUGCCUAAGAGAAAAAUUCAGACACUCAAGUUACACUCACCACACUGGCUCUUCACUGUUCGGCCAGCCUUUUCUUAUGGCUAUACCACGAAACAAUACUGAAGAUAAACUCUAUAAUCUUCUACUCUUGAGAAUGUGCCGGUAUGUCAAAAUGUCUACUGAAACUGAGGAAACAGAUGGACACCUACGUUGCUGUGAGGACCAGAAUAUUAAUGGGAAUGGGCCAAAUGGCCUACAUGAAGAGGGUUCACCAAGUGAGAUGGAAACCGACGAGCCAGAUGACGAGUCCAGCCAGGAUCAAGAGCUUCCCUCAGAGAACGAGAACAGUCAGUCUGAAGAUUCAGUCGGAGGAGAUAACGAUUCUGAAAAUGGAUUGUGCACUGAAGAAACAUGCAAAGGUCAACUUACGGGACACAAAAAGCGCUUGUUUACAUUCCAGUUCAACAACUUAGGCAACAAUGACAUCAACUACAUCAAAGACGACACCAGUCACAUCCGAUUCGAUGACAGGCAGCUUCGGCUGGACGAAAGAUCUUUUCUCGCUUUGGACUGGGACCCUGACUUGAAGAAGAGAUACUUUGAUGAGAAUGCUGCAGAGGAUUUUGAAAAACAUGAAAGUGUGGAAUACAAACCUCCAAAAAGGCCCUUUGUGAAGUUAAAAGACUGCAUUGAGCUCUUCACCACCAAGGAGAAGCUGGGUGCUGAGGACCCCUGGUAUUGUCCAAAUUGUAAAGAGCAUCAGCAAGCCACAAAGAAAUUAGAUCUGUGGUCCCUGCCUCCAGUUCUUGUGGUGCAUCUCAAGAGAUUCUCCUAUAGUCGCUACAUGAGAGACAAGCUAGAUACAUUAGUCGAUUUUCCCAUCAGUGACUUGGAUAUGUCAGAAUUCCUAAUUAACCCAAAUGCAGGUCCUUGCCGCUAUAAUUUGAUUGCUGUUUCCAACCACUAUGGAGGGAUGGGAGGAGGACAUUAUACUGCUUUUGCAAAAAACAAAGAUGAUGGGAAGUGGUACUAUUUCGAUGACAGUAGCGUCUCCACUGCAUCUGAAGACCAAAUCGUGUCCAAGGCAGCGUACGUGCUCUUCUACCAGAGACAGGACACUUUCAGUGGGACUGGCUUCUUCCCUCUUGACCGAGAAACUAAAGGUGCUUCAGCUGCCACAGGUAUCCCCCUGGAAAGUGACGAAGACAGCAAUGAUAAUGACAAUGACCUAGAAAAUGAAAACUGUAUGCACACUAAUUAACGAAAGUGCAAGAAGCCAUAGGAGAGACUUUCCUGCUGGUGGUGUCUAUGGAGAUGAAGUUAUCACCACAUGAAACAGAAGUCUGAGAUGAGGAGUUUCAGAUACCCGAAUGUAAAUCCUUUAUCAGAUUUUAACUUGUGCAGUACUUGAAGUGAAACACAAUGAAAACUUUAACAGAAAUUGUCUCUUAAUACAUUUACAGUCUUGUAUUUACAAGCUAAAUAUAUAUAGGAAAUCACAAAUAAAUCCCUUUUAAGUUUGCUGCUGUUUUGAUGAAUUAUGUUUUCUUUAAUUUUUUGGAUGUGACUUAAUUGAUGACAAAUGUUAAAUUUGUGGAUGUUGGUCAUUAAUUUUGCUCUAAUAAUACUGCAAGAAAACCAUGGCUGAACUUAGUUCUUGGGUAAUCUAGUUCCUGCGCGUUAGGCUGCCUGUCUGCGCCAUCCGGGUACUUAGCUGCUGUGUCGGUGUGGCUCAAAUACUGCAGUGUCCUUGGUACACCAGAUUCUCUGAUCUGUCCCUGGUAAUCAGUGUGGGUCUGUUCCCACCACGUGAGGAACAGUCUUGAGGAAGUUCCCUUUUGUUGUCUCAUUAAAGUGCAGGCCAUGACAUUGACUUCCCUCGCUGUGGGAACGAACGCCUUCUAGAUUUCACAUGCCAUCAGAAUCAUUUUCAGCUACAUGUAUGUAUUUUUCACUGCAAUUGGAAUCUAUUUAAAUUUUUCAAUUUUGUUUUGGUUUAGAAUGCUUAUCUUCACUCCACUGUUGGUUCAAUAUUAAAGGUUUUUGCUAUUAGUCCCUACUCCAUUUUGGUAAUUUGGCAACUUUUUAGCUCUCCCAGUUACUGUAGCUUUAAGGCGGGCUGGUUAGUACUCUGUAUCUGUAGUAAGAAUUGCAUCACAGUUAGGCGAGGCUUUCUGUUCACGUACUAGCCUUUAACUCAUCGAUAACUGGGCUAUAGAGGUAGGUCUGUUAACUUUCUCUGUGUGUUCCUGAUGGAAUUCACCAUAGCCUUACAGCUUUUCUCGGAAGGUAACCUGUAUAAGAGAAAUAGCGUUUGCAUGUUCCAGAGUCAGAACCUUGCAGCACAUGACGCACACAAACCUUGGGUUUCAUUUAGCUUCUCACAGUCAAGGAUCCAAGACGCCAAAUCUAUGUGUGAGCAUUUGACACAUUCUCAUUUGCUGCUUCUCUCUCCCUCUGAUCCAGUUGAAGGAAUGUAUGGGUGACUGGCAGGCAGUGCUGCCUUCAAUAGGAAACUAAACGCUGGGGCCCAUCUCCCACCCGACUACCUGAGAAACCGCUUUGUGUCCCACUGUUACUAAAGCAGAAAGUAUAGUGUUCUUCACUUGAACUAAUCAAAUACAAUAGAUUAUAAAUUGUGUAUUGUAAAUAAAAGUUCACUCUGUGAGUGCACAUUUUGGUAAAUUAUUUAUUUAUGUUAACAUUAUAAAAGAAAGGGAAAAAAUGCAUUUGGCCAGGAUAAGUAAGGUAUGUUGGUCAUGGCUUUGCUUUAUAUCUUGAUAUUAAAGCUGGUUUUUGAUCCUGGUCUUUUAAAAGCUGCUUUAGGUAUCGAUUCUUUUUUUUUUUUUUUUUCUGUUCUUUCUCUUUUUUCUUUUUUUUUUCUUUCUCUCUCUCUCUCUUUUUUUAAAUGUAAACUGACCUCCUGCAUGACAGAGGUUAAUAUUUUGUCUGCACUUGGGUUCACUUGAGUUUACAUUUGAAAUGUGCAUGUUUAUUUAUACAGAUUUCAAUAAAGCUAUUGACGGCCUUAUUUAGUCUUUUAUUUCUUACUCUGAAACCACUGAAGUAAAUCCAGUUUUCUGCAUAGACGACUUGACUGUACAGUGACAUUAUAGUUAGUAUUACAAAGGGAAUCAAAUCCUAUUGAGGAUGUUUUAAACUUGGGUCGGUGUUGUUUUAACUCACAUACUCAUUGAGCAGACAGUGCAGUUUUCUGCUUGCCUUUGGAGCAUGUAUUCGUUCUGCCCUUAAACUUACUUUCAUAUGUUUAAAGUCCAUGUUAACUUCUCAUAGACCUAGAUUAUAGUAUCCACCCUGACUCAUUUGCUUUCUGUUGUAUUUUGUUUGUGUUGUUUACUUCCUAAUCCAUUUGCUUGGCUAUUGAGAGGGUCUUAGGCUGACCUUCACCGCCCCUGAAGCCCAGGCCAGGCUCAAAGUCUUGAUCAUCCUGCCUAGGCCUCUGAAAUGCCGGGACUGCAGAUGAGAACCACCAUGCCCUGACUCAGACCACAUCCUUUCAAUGCAUGCCAUCAAGUCCUUUUCUCACUGAGAAGAAACAUUUAGAGAAUGCUGUGGAUGCCGUUGAGUCUGUCAGACGAUCGCUUCAUCUGCAAAAAUUAACCUUGUAGCAUAAAAAAAAAAAGAACUAAAGAGAUGUUCAUAUGGAAUACAGGGUCAUUAGGAAUAGAUUUAGAUUAGAAUUCUACUGGUAACUUUGCCUGUUAGUAAUUGUAUGAUUUUGAACUUACUCUUUCUUAGCCUGUCUCUUGACCUAUAAAGUAAUGACAACUCCAGUAGCAGCUGUUUAUGGAGGGCUUGCUCUAAACCAGUCACUCUAUUAAAAUGUGUGUGUGUGUGUGUGUGCGCGCGCGCACAUUCUCCCAUCUCAUCCCUCAAGAGCUGUGUGGUAGGGACCAGACCAUUCAUUAUCUUCACCUCCCAUACGUUGUGUCCCAAAGUUCUCACAGUUAUUGUGUGGUGACGUCCGCAUCGUCCCCUCAGACACAUACCGCCUCACUGUGUCACAGUGCCUUUCUCACCACACAACUCAAAUGAGGUCAUCUCGUCUUCCAGCAGGCAGGCUUUUGUGAACAAUGUGGCACUUGUUGCUGAUUGCUUCUGUCUGCGUGGAAAGUGCUGUUGUUAGAGAAUUUAGCUUCCAGUAGGAAGAGUAGCAGCUGGUACACUUAGCCUUUCACCUUUCAUUCCACAAUGAACUUUAUCGACGUAUCACACUAUUCGCUAUUUUGAUUGCAUGUUAAAUAUUACGUGGUAUAUGAUUUAAACCAUUCCCCUAAUUUCAACCUGAAUUUCAAGUCUCUUUAAUUUUUUUUAACUUCACAUGUAAUUUCUCUAUUAUAUUUCACUUUAUUUGGGAAGGAGAGUGCAUGUCAUGGCACGUGUGGAGAUCAAAGGACAACUUGCAGAACUGUGGUCUCCUCUCCUACCACGUGGGCCCCUUGAGAUCGAUGGAAGUGCCUUUACCUGCUGAGCCAUCUUACCUUAAUUGUUUUGUUAGUUCAGGGAAGGGCACAGGUAUACUAUGGUGAGCACAGGGUGGCUAGAGGAUUAGUGGCAUCUUUUCUCUCCUUCCAGAGAUCGAACUUGGAACAUCAGGGUUUCAUAGGGAGCGCCUUUACCCACUGAGCCAUCUCACAGGCCCUGUGUUUAUAUUUAAAUGACCUCUGACAAAGCUGUAGCCUGGUGCUUUUAAGUAAUCCUUGCUUUGGCUUAUAAUCUGAUUUUAGUAAUUCUUGUGUUUUUCCUUGCAUGGCAGACAACAAGGUAUUAAGAACCACACAAAACAUUGAGUUCAGCAUAAAGAAAACCAACUCGUACCUAAAUUAGAUGUUGCACAAGGGCAGCGCUUUUUGUGGCUAUCUUAUUAGAAGAAAGCCACGAGAGAUUCUGAGAGAAGGUGAGCGUUGCAUACCAAAGGAGAAAGUCAAAGAAGAGCCUGCCUGAAAGGAGGCAGUUCCCACCUGUGGCCAUGCUCAGCACUGGUACCCAGCCGAUUUUCAGUCAGGCUUUCUGCCUUUCAACUCUACGGGCUGCUGUUUGACGGCUGCCCGCUCCCGGUCCCGCUGUUUGUCCGGGUGCACAGUUGCACAGGUUAGAUUCUCUUGCCAGUGUCACUAAGAUAGGAAUGUGAAGAGACCUUGUGUCCCAUUGAGGAGUCGGGUCCUCCAAAAGAUUGAAUGCCACCUUGUCUGAAGCCAAAGAACAGUAGUAGUCUUCCUAGUUCUUACUCUAUAACAGAAUUGAUUUCUUUUACUGCCUGAAGAAUUUUAAAAUAGUUUCUUUUAAAAAUAAUGUUGAUGCUUCCAGGUAAUUCUUUUGAGUGCUGCUUGACCAGAAGAUAAAGAAAAAAACCAAGUGUGUUUAUACCCUUGGUGGUGCAGGUGCAGGUGUGUGUUAUAUAUUGUUUCGUGGCCAGAUUUUCCUAAUGAGAAAAAAAUAUUUUUCUUAAGCAUUCCAGAUUUGGGACAUUUUGAUUCAGUAUGUAUAUGCUUUGUGUAUUUAAUUCAUAUUUACUAUAAAUUACAGAAGAAAUUGCUAAAUAGUUUAGAUGGCAUGUUUGUUUAGAGCUAAAUAUAUUAAAUUUUUAUAAGGGACAUGGUUUCCAAAAUAGCAGAUUUGGGAAAAUAAAAUAUAUGUAUAGUAAAAAUUCAAAUACUAAGCAAGCCUUGUUUUCACUAUUAGAAAGAUCAGGAAAUCUUGUCUUUAAAGAAAUGGCUAAUAUAAAACACAGUCCAAAGAUUAUUUGUGGCGAAUACAAGCACUGAGAUACAUACCUGUAUCAUACUGUGCUCUCAUGAUUCCCCAGCUAUUUGGGGCUCCUGCAACUAGCCAGAGUAGUUGAAGGGAAAGACCCUAAAUUACUAUCUGAAUUCAAAAGUAGAUAAACUACUAAAAAAUCAAGUUGUUUUUUGGACAAGAGUUUCAAGAAAUAAAGGAAAAAAAAACAAAAAACAGUCAGAUGGGUUUCACUAUUGGUUUGUUGUUGAGGUCUGGUCCCCUGCCAAAUUUUGCAAAGGUGCUAAAAAUACAACCAUCUCUUUGGGAAUGGUAUUUUAAAUAGUACUGUAAAAAUAAAGCUACAUUUUUAAAUAAUUUUUUAUAUCUCUGUGUGUGUGUGUGUGUGUGUGUGUGUGUGUGUGUGUGUGUGUGUGUGGUGCAUGCCACACGUGUGGGGAAAUCCAUGGAGGCCAGAAGAAGGCAUUGGGUGCCCUGGAGCUGGAGUUACAGGUGCUUGCUGGAAACUGAGUAUCUGGAAGAGCUGGAAGUGCUCUGUUAACUGCUGAGCCCUCUUUCUAGCCCCAAGACUGCAUUUUUAAUAUGCACAAAAUCAAAUACUCUGAAUGUUUACGUUGUUUUGGCAGCUGACUGUUCUUCAGUAGGAAAGCUUGCCAGGUUUGUGGCUUAUUUUGCUAAUGUUUUCCCCCCGCAUAUCAGCAAUUUAUAGCUUCAUCGGUUUAAUUGGGUGGGGGGUGGGGGCUAAGUUUCAUCUUCUGUGACCUUUCAGAUUUGCUUGUGGCUAACAUACUUGUCUGACUCCUCACACAGUCAAGAGAGCAGGGAACAGCCUGCCUGCUGUCCCUGUUUAUAAGGCCUCGUAAUGUAACCUUAGCCAUUUCAGCGUAAGGGUUACUGAACGGCAGCCUGUGGCAUAAGCUCCAUCUUUAGAAAGGUCUGCUCUCUAGGAUUGUAUCGCUCAGCCCAGUUCCUGCCACCUCGGUGCAUUCUCUGUUCUACCAGAGUGCCCUCUAUCAAGUUUUGAUCUUAACGUUCUCUUUUAACCUCUGUCUUCAGAUUCUCCACAGAAACAAGACCAAUAGGCUGUACAACUAGAAAGUUUCUGUGACUGAAGCUGACAACUUCUAAGACCCACAGUUAUCAAGCCAGACCCAAGAAUGCACAGACAACCUAGAAAGCCAGGGACAAUCUUCCAGCCUAAAAGCCAGCAAGCUUGAGAACAAGAAGAGCCAGUUCCCUUUUGAAUCCAGAGGACAGAGAGGACAGGGGUGCCAGCGCAGGGCAGUCAAGCACAAGGGGAGACAUGUCCCUUUCUUUCAUGCUGACCUUUAUUUAGUUGGGAUGAGACUCAACACUGGGAAGGCAAGCAUAUUCACCGUCCAUACUUAAUGCUCAUCUCGUCCAAGAAGAUGCUCGGAAGCAGCCAAAAUAGUUGGGUACUCUGUACCCAGGCUAGUAGAUAUAAACCCCUUCACGUGUAAGUGUGCAUUAGACACAGGGCUAGACCACUGGUGGUGUGGGCCUACCACUUGUGUGCACUCAUCUCUCUCUCUCUCUUGAUUUAUAAAGUAGGGCAAGUCCAGAAUCUCCUCAAAAAGUACUUAGACCGAGAUAGAUGUUAAUUAGAAGACAGAAAUCUGGUCUAUGAAAACUGUUUGCUUAGCCAACCAGUGAAAUGCCUUCAGAUGUCCCGUUCUAAUGUUGGGGACCAGUGUGGAAACCACAGUCCCCCGUGCACCAGACUCCGGCCCCAGCACUAAUGAACUCCCUUGAGAUAGAUCCUAAGGCUUGGAUUGUCUUAAGCUUUAUAAAGGGUGCAACGGGUGUUUUUACUAAGGAAACAGACACAGGGUAAUCAAUAGUUGCUAGAACCAUGUCGUCUGCUACGAUCAUGCUUGAGGAAAAAGAUUAAGAACUACCUCCAUCCAACUUCUUACCUUUCCUCAAAUGCAUUCUUCAGCUUUACCAUCCCUAUAGGGCUUUCCCAUGCAUUCUCCUUGCCUGGUCUGUUUGCUCUACUGCCAGACACAUCUAUCCAAAGGGCAGUCCCCUAUCUUUUCAGUCGCUCGCUGCACUGGCUAUAAGUCACGAGUCCGUCCUCCCCCACUACACCUGAUAGAACAUAGUGGGAUCGAGUAUUUCUGUACAUAAACUGUCUUCACACAGACAUUUCCUCACAGCGACCCUGUACUCCCAUCCCACGAGGCUGGGACAGGAACAGAAGGAUCAUACAUUUAAGGACCUUCUGAGCUACAGACUGAGUUCAAGUCCAGACUUUAAACUUCGGGAAGAACCCGUCUUCAGCAUAGAAAAUGCAGGCUGGGGGCGUCGCUUAGUGGUAGAGCAUUUGCUUCAGCCUCCAGCACACACACAAGCUUUCUCAAGCAUCGCUGCCCUUGUGGUUUUAUGUUUCUAGCAUUAAUGAGCACACGCUUUAAGUUUUAAACGUAAAUACUCUUUUUGGGUGUGCAUUAAAAAAUAGUGUAGGGCUAGGAAUCCCCUGUGUCCCCAGUAUGGGAUGGGGGUUGGGAGGUAGAUGCUAGGUGAGGUAACAUUUUAAAUCCAGUACGUUUAGGACAUUCGGAAUAUUCAAACUUGGACGUAUAUUGAUUUUCACUCAGAUUAACUUCCCUACAGUCCAAAGCGCUGUGCCUGUCUGUACACUUUCCCGAGAUGCUGUUCAGGUUCCCGUUUGCAUGUUUAUGGAUUUACAGCUUAGUACAUGGGUUUUUUUUUUUUUUUUUUGGUUUUUUAAUAAUGCUCUCAGUGUAAGCUUUUAUGUUUUUCAGGAAGGUGUAUGUUGGACUCAAAGUAAAAUAGAGUAUGUAGUAAGUAGCUGUUAUUAAAUGGUUCUUAUUUCAUGUAGAUUUUCUAGGGGACUUUUACUGUAAGGAAUUCUUUGUUCUAAUAAAGACAUGCUGCUAUCUUUUGGUCUUAUCAGAGAUCAACCCAGAUUUCCAUUUGUGUGGGGCCCUCUUUCCAUAUGGACAGCCCUGUCUGGAAGCAGCCAAGCAUCGCCUUUUUAAUCUGAAACAUCUCUCCGCUGUGCUCAGAUAGUUAACGUGAUUCAGCUCCUCUGUGCUCAGAUAGUCAGGUGGUUCAGUUUCCUGGUUUUACUUCUGGGGGUUUUCUUGUGACUUGUUUGCCUCAAUCAUGUACAUAGGACGUUAGGAAAUGUUUAGAUGACAGAAGUGAACUGUCAUCUACGACUGUUGAGAUGGCUAAUGGGUAAGGGCCCUAGCCUGUAAGCCUAUGACCCUAGUUCCAUCCAUGGGGCCCACAUGGUGGACGGAGAGAAACAAUUUCUGUCAAUUUGUAUUGAUAGUCCUUUAAAAACUUGUCAGUUUGGAAUAUUCUAGUACUUCUCUGCAAAUUCUGGAUUUUUUUUAAAAAAAAGUAAAUUCUACUUGUGCCCGUGUUUUACAUUGAGUUAGACCUGCUGGAGCCGGGGUCCAGAAGGGUGGUCAGCUGGCAGACUUUUAGAAAGUGGAGGGUCUUUCUUUAACAAAAGCUCUGUUCAGUUUUUCUCAAAAGCCACAAAGUGGCAUCUUGAAACUGGGGUGAGAACCCAGAGGUGUCACAUCAGCUGUGAUCAUCCUCUCAGUCUUUGUGACCAGUGUCCAAGAUUAGAGUCCUCAGAGCCAAGAGUAUGUCCUUCCAUCUCUUAAACCCACAAGCUUUGUCUCGGGAAGUUUGAACUUGGAAAGUAAGAAAAACAGAAUUUUUUUAACUCUAGCACAAAGCUCUUGCUCAUGAAAUUCACAAUCCGGGGACCUUUUCUUUCUUUUCAGGUGCUAUGGCUCGAACCCAGGGCCUCACACACGGUAGGCAAACACCCCCCCCCCCUUCAGCUCCAUUCUCACUCUCCGGCGCUAUCGUAUCAAGUGACAUGUUUCACAGUAUAGAUGAAUGUACACUAUGUAAACAGCCACUGCAUUUGCAAUGUAUGAAAUUGCCCUUUGUAAUAUCAAUAAAUGUAAUAAACAUGUUUUGGUCAAUCGAA